AGCCCGCCGUGGGUCCCUCGUUGCAGCCGUACCCAACAGCCCAUCCCGAGACCGUGCUCCAGCCCCUCUUCUCUCCGCAGCCGGUGACCUGCCGGGAUGGCAGUGCUGGGGGGCUACUGUGAGGGCAACAGCUCCAUCGCCCAUGCCUGGGUCCAGCAGGGCUUCCAGCCCUGCUUCUUCUUCACGCUGGUGCCAGCCGUGCUGCUGAGCGUCUGCUUGCUGCUGGGAGCCCUGCAGUAUGCCUGCUACGUCCGCUUCGGCCGCGCCAUGGAGCCAUGCGCAGUCGCCCUCCUGCAGCUGGAGCAUACGCGGGUGCUGGCGCACGACCGGACGCGGGGCCAUGGCACCGUCCUCCUCCUCUUCUGGGCGCUGGCCUUCGCCGCCGAGAACCUGACCCUGGUGUGCUGGAGGAGCCCGCUGUGGUGGUGGGCACUGGAGGACACCAACCAGAAGGUGCAGUUUGGCUUCUGGCUGCUGCGUUACAUCUGCACGUUCAUGCUCUUCAUCCUGGGCAUGAAGGCCCCGGGGCUGCCCCACAAGCCCUACAUGCUGCUGGUCAACGAGGAGGAGCGGGACGUGGAGAACAGCCAGGCCAGGGCUGUGACACCUCGCUCUGCUCUCCCCCAGACCGGCAGGACCCCCGCCCCCUGGAAGGUUUUCCGGAGGAAGCUGCGGCUGCUGGUGCCGUACAUGUGGCCGAGGGGCAACCACCGGCUGCAGGGGCUGGUGCUGUUCUGCAUGGCACUCAUGGGGCUGGAGCGGGCCAUCAACGUCUUCGUCCCCAUCUACUACAAGAACAUCGUGAACGAGCUGACAGAGGGUGCUCCCUGGCACACCCUGGCCUCGACUGUCUGCAUCUACGUGGGGAUGAAGUUCCUGCAGGGUGGAGGUGCUGGCUCCACCGGCUUCGUGAGCAACCUGCGCACCUUCCUGUGGGUCUGGGUGCAGCAGUUCACCAACCGGCAGGUGCAGGUGCAGCUCUUCACCCACCUGCACGGGCUGUCCCUGCGCUGGCACCUGGGGCGUCGCACUGGCGAGGUCCUGCGCAGCGUGGACCGGGGCACCAGCAGCAUCAACAGCCUGCUCAGCUACAUCGUCUUCAGCAUCAUCCCCACCAUUGCGGACAUCGUCAUCGGCAUCGUUUACUUCACCUCAGUCUUCAGCGCCUGGUUUGGCCUCAUCAUCUUCGUGUGUAUGAGCCUCUACCUGACUCUGACCAUCUUCAUCACCGAGUGGAGGACCAAGUACCGGCGGGACAUGAACACGCGGGACAAUGAGGCCAAGUCCCGGGCCGUGGACUCACUCCUCAAUUUUGAGACGGUGAAGUACUACAAUGCAGAGAGCUAUGAGGUGAACCGCUUCAACGAUGCCAUCAUCAAGUACCAGGUCUCGGAGUGGAAGGUCAGUGCCUCGCUGGGUCUCCUCAACCAGACCCAGAACCUGGUCAUCGGCCUGGGGCUGCUGGCGGGGUCCCUGCUCUGCGCCUACUUCGUCACCGAAAACAAGCUGCAGGUGGGGGACUUUGUCCUCUUUGGCACCUACAUCAUCCAGCUCUACACGCCGCUCAACUGGUUUGGGACUUACUACAGGAUGAUCCAGAACUCCUUCGUGGACAUGGAGAACAUGUUCGAGCUCUUCCACGAGGAGCAGGAGGUGAAGGAUGCGGUGAAUGCCGGUGACCUGCGCUUGGAGGCCGGGCGGAUCGAGUUUGAGAAUGUGCACUUCAGCUAUGUGGAUGGGAAGGAAAUCCUGCAGGACGUCUCCUUCUCUGUGAUGCCCGGGCAGACCCUGGCCCUGGUGGGACCUUCAGGCUCGGGGAAGAGCACCAUCAUCCGCCUGCUCUUCCGCUUCUACGAUGUACGGGGCGGCUGCAUCCGCAUUGACGGGCAGGACAUCUCCCAGGUGAAGCAGGCGUCGCUGCGCGCUCACAUCGGGGUGGUGCCCCAGGACACGGUGCUCUUCAACGACACCAUCGCCAACAACAUCCGCUAUGGACGGAUCCUGGCCACUGACCAGGAGGUGCAGGAGGCAGCCCGAGCUGCUGACAUCCACGACCGCAUCCUUUCCUUCCCCGACGGAUACGACACCCAGGUGGGGGAGCGGGGGCUGAAGCUGAGUGGGGGGGAGAAGCAGCGUGUCGCCAUCGCUCGCACCAUCCUGAAGGGUCCCCGCAUCAUCCUGCUGGAUGAGGCCACGUCCGCACUCGACACAGAGACUGAGAGGAAUAUCCAGGCCUCCCUGGCCAAGGUCUGCGCCCACCGCACCACCAUUGUUGUUGCACAUAGGCUCUCCACCGUGGUGGGUGCAGACCAGAUCCUGGUGCUCAAGGACGGGCGCAUUGUGGAGCGAGGGAGGCACGAGGAGCUGCUGCAGAAGGGUGGCGUCUAUGCCGGCAUGUGGCUGCAGCAGCAGGCUGGGGACGAGGGCGAGAGCAAGGAGCGCCACACCGAGAAGCCCCUGGGCAGCAAGAAGGGGCCGUGAGCGUGGCCAGGGGCUCUGUGGUGACGCCGACCUGGGGCUCAGGCCCCCAUGCUGCCAGGGAGCCCUUUGCCGGCUGCGUGCCGGGGCCCUGCAUGCCCCAG